UUAAUUUAAUUACGAAAACAAAGAUGAUCGGGAUGUGUCAGCAGGUGGGUCCCCGCCUGGCCUGGGGUCGAAAACUAGGCACGAUAGUUUUCGGGCUGUGUUUGCUAGUCUACAUAGCUGCCAACUUCGGACCGCUGAAACAGUAUUUACAAGAGCAAGAAGGCGAUAGGGGUACAAAAGCUGACAUACAGGGUGUUUUCCGCGGCACUGAGGACGAUGGGUCGUCAGGAGGAGCGGAGGCUGGCGAUACUUACAGCAUGCAGCAAGCUAGGAACGCAGAACGGGUUUCACGCGUGCGUGAGGUGUGCGAUGCGCUAGGCCGCCCGACAAGCACACAGGACACGCGAAGUCGCCUCCUUAUCGUCCGCUCGCGCAAAUUCGCAAUUUGUUACGUGCCCAAAGCCGGCUGCACCUUUUGGAAAAGACUGAUUCUAGCCUUACAAGUAAACAAGACGGACAUAUUUGAGUUUACCAAGAAUCAAGCUCAUUCACAAAGUAUAGAUUCUGUUUUGAAGAUUCCAAAGUUUGAUGCCGCCUACAAGUUCCUGUCGGAAGCUACUCGAGUGAUGUUUGUUCGAGAUCCAUAUUCCAGAUUAUACUCUGCUUACGUGGAUAAAUUUUACCUCGGCGACUUUUGGGCGAUGGGACGUAGAAUAAUACAGCUAGUACGUAGAAAUGCGACAAGGGAGUCUCUAGCCUGUGGCCAUGACUUAACUUUUGAAGAAUUCCUAAGGUAUGCCCUUAAGGUGUCGGGUGAUCAAAGCGUUCAAGGCCCAGAUGAACACUGGUUUCCUAUUAGCAAACUCUGUCAUCCGUGUACAUUUGAUUACCACAUCAUCGGUAAGCAGGAAACCUUCUCUGAUGACAGGGACUACGUGAUGGACACAGUUGGCAUCAGCGGCUUGGUGAACCUAUCAUCAACGACGGAAAUACUAGCUCGCGAUGGCAUGAAACAGACAGUUGACAUGGCCUGGGAUAAACUCGCUAAGUGUAUGUCCCGUAAAGACUUUUGUCGGAGAAUGUGGACAUCAUACAUAACGCAAGGAUACAUACAUAGUUCUCAGAGCUUCCCUGAAGAGCGCAUCAACCAAAAUACGAGCAAGGAAGGAUUUUUAAAGCUGGCCAUGGAGGCUUACCACCAAAAUCCACCUACGGCCGAAGAACGAAAAAAGCAACGACAGGAGGCAAUGAUAAACGCAUAUACAACAGUCUCACCGAAACUAUUGGAGCAAAUUCGGCAUGUUUAUGAUCUGGACUUUCAGUUGUUUAAUUAUCCUAUCAGACCCGACGAGUUGUUCAUUCGCUGACUUGUUAAUGGGUACACAAUUUUUUGUGGUAGAGGUAUUAAAUUAUUUAUGAUUUCAUUUUGGUUUUAUUGAGUACUAAGAGCAAAAACAUCAAGCUGUUCCUUUAUUCUACCUGUUAAACAGGUAUCAAAUUUUAGUUUAACUGAGUGAAAGGUUCCGGUGCUUUUCAGACACUGAGUUAUAAAAUAACUUGCCUUGUUAUAACACAUGUACAGGGUUCUUUUCCUUGGAUAAAAUUACUUCACGUGGAUUUAAGGAAUUCGUAAUGUGGCACCCAGUGACGUCAUAUACGUGACAGCUGCAGUGUACAUCGCUAAAUUGUGCUAUAUCACAACUACGUUUGGCCAAGUCUUGAGUUGUGCCCCUUUGUAAUCCAUUUCACGUGUCGUAUGGUACAGUGAGUUUCCUAUGUACAUUCUGUCUGGUGUUCGUCAUGUCCCAAUGUACCACGCUAAGCCAUAGUAUGUGGCACCUAUGUUUAGCCUUGAGUUGUGCCCCUUUGUAAUCCAUUUCACUAGUCAUCUGCUAGUGGGAUUCCCCAGUACACGGUGUCUGACAUGCCUUGUGUACAUGGAAGAUUGUGGGGAUCAACACGCAAUGUUAUAUGCGAGCCCAGUAUACAUAAGCUGUCUCGGGCCGAGAAAUCACGACGUUACACUAG